AUGUCUGAAGCUGUGGAUAAAAGGAGAAAGGUUGAUAAUGGUAUAUCGGACGUGUCGAAGCAAAACCCUGUUCGAAAGUCUAAAAUUUUCAGUCCUUUUCGAGUACUAGGUAAUGUUACGAACGAAACACCAUUCGCAGUAGGAAGUUUGGGGUCUACAUUUUUCAUAGUAACAUCGAUUGGCAGAGUAUUUCAAAUAUAUGAUGUUGCAACAUUGCAUUUGUUGUUUGUCUCGGAAGGGCAAACACCUCUGAAAAUAACUUGCUUGUUUGCUCAUUAUCAUUACGUCUAUGCUGCGUACGCAAACAAGAUAGGAAUUUAUAAGAGAGGAAAAUUAGAGCAUACUUUGGUUUGUCCUACUAAUAAUUCAGUCAAUAAUAUCUUGGUGUUUGGAGAUUUCGUUGUAGCUACUACGGCAGAGGGUGAAAUUUUUAUUUUCAAGAAACCAAAAGAUUCGAAAGUUCCAAUCCAAUUUUAUUCUAGUUUAAGUGUCAUAAAUGCUCAGUUGGAUGGCGAAGUAGUUGCAAUGAUCCACCCCCAAACAUAUCUUAAUAAAGUUGUUGUGGCUACUACAAAUCAUCUUUUUAUUAUUAAUGUAAGGACAGGCAAGUUGGUAUUCAAAACAGCUGCUAAUGCAUUCAAUGAAAGCAUAUCAUGCAUAGAAGCAGCUCCUGCUUUGGAUAUCAUAGCCGUUGGUACAUCCUCUGGAGGAGUCUACUUGUAUAACUUGAAGAAAGGCAGAGUGUUGGGUUCUAGGAUCGGAGUAUCUGCAUCUGAUGAAUCAUCUAAGGUUGUAGCUGUCUCAUUCAGAACAGAUGGCUCGCUGCAUUUGGUAGCUGGUUUAUCUUCUGGAGAUCUUUUCUUUUAUGACUUGUUAAAGAAGAGUAGGAUUCAUAUUUUAAGGAAUGCGCAUAGAGAAGAGCAUGGUGGUAUAGCAAACGUGAAGUUUUUGAAUGGCCAGUCGAUCCUUGUGUCUAAUGGAGGUGAUAAUCAUUUGAAAGAGUUUGUCUUUGAUCCAACAUUGUCGGCAUCCAAUUCUUCAAUCGUUUCUCCCCCUCGUCAUUUGAGAUCAAGAGGUGGACAUUCUGCGCCACCAGUUGCCAUAGAGUUUCCCGACGAGAAUAAAUCCCAUUUCAUAUUGAGUGCCUCUAGAGAUAGGUCAUUGUGGUCAUUUUCAUUGAGGAAGGAUGCACAAGCUCAAGAAUUAUCCCAAAGAUAUCCUAAAAGUAAGAAUGGAAAAAGGCAACCAGGACAAGUAUCUUCUUUCCGUGAGAAAUUCCCCGAAGUCAUAUCCUUGACAACGUCUCAAGCUCGUGAAGGUGAAUGGGAGAAUAUAAUAAGUGCGCAUAAAGAUGAGACUUUUGCAAGAACUUGGGAUUCAAGAAAUAAAAAAGUGGGUCGCCAUACCCUCGCAACUGUGGAUAGUGGUUUCGUGAAGGCAGUUUGUAUAUCCCAUUGCGGUAAUUUCGGUAUAGUGGGUUCUUCUAAAGGAGGCAUUGGUGUUUAUAAUUUACAAUCAGGAUUGAUCCGCAAGAAAUACAUUUUGCACAAGAAUGCUGUGACUGGCCUUUCUAUAGAUGGCAUGAACCGUAAAAUGGUUAGUUGCGGCUUAGAUGGUAUUGUUGGCUUUUAUGAUUUCACCCAACUGAAGUAUUUAGGCAAAUUGCGAUUAGAUGCCCCUAUAACAUCAAUGAUUUACCACAAAUCUACAGAUUUAGUUGCCUGCUCAUUAGAUGAUUUGACAAUAGUUGUGAUUGAUACAUCGACCCAAAGAGUGGUUAGAGUCUUUUAUGGUCAUACUAAUCGGGUAACUAGCAUGGAUUUUUCACCGGAUGGUCGUUGGAUUGUGUCUGUGAGCUUAGAUGGAACCUUGAGAACUUGGGAUUUACCUACUGGGGGAUGUAUUGAUGGAAUCAUACUUCCAAGUGUCGCCACAAAUGUUAGAUUUUCUCCUAUUGGUGACUUUCUAGCUACUACGCAUGUUACAGGAAAUGGUAUUUUUCUUUGGACAAAUAAAUCACAGUUUGGACUUGUCUCAACUAGACACAUUGACGUAGAAGAAUUUGCAACAAUGUUGCUCCCAACACCAGCUGGUGAUUCUAAUGCAAGUAUCAUCGAUGGAGCCUUAGAAAAUCACAAUAAAGAAGAUGUUGAAUUUCAUGCAUCAUACACUUCUGUCGACCAAAUAGAUGAAAAGUUGGUCACACUCUCUGUGGGUCCCAGGUCGAAGUAUUCAACUUUAAUACAUUUAGAUGCUAUCAAGAAACGUAAUAAACCUAUUCAGCCGGCAAAGAGACCGGAUCAGGCACCAUUCUUUUUGUCUUUGUCAGGAAAUGUGGUUGGCGAUAGGGCAUCGGAAGCAGAGGGGCGUACACCUCAUUCUAGGGACUUGGACAUUCUGGAAGAUUCUAGCAGGCUACACAAAUUAAAAUCAGAUGCUCUGCAUACUUUCGAGUCCAGGUUCACGAAACUCUUAAGAGAGUGCAGUGAAUCGGAUGAUUAUCUGGACUUUUUGAAAUACUUGGUUGAGGAAUCUCCUUCUUCUGUCAAUUUAGAGAUCAGAUCUUUGAACACAUUUCCGCCUUUGAGUGAAUUGACUAGCUUUGUUUCUGCCUUGAACCAAGGACUUAGGUCUAACAAAAACUACGAUCUUUAUCAAUCUAUGUUUAGCAUAUUUGCUAAGAUACAUGGGGAUGUCCUUUAUUCAAACGAUGAUACCGAUUUGAAGUCAUCUCUCGAGAAAUGGAACGAAUUGAACGAACAGCGUAGUGUCAAAAUGGACGAUUUGGUAAAAUACUGCUCAGGUGUUAUAAACUUUUUAACCACUGUAUAG